GUGGUGUACAUACCAGCACAAAACAUUUGACGAAGACGUGCCAUAUUAUAUAUUGUUGUCGUCCGCGCAACCUCGAGAGAAAGGCGGUCUCACAUGAACAUAAGGGUGAAGUACUGGAUAAUCGUCAAACGUGAUCACAACUCCGCAAAGGAAUCCUGUACACCACAUGCUUCGAAGACUGAACGCGAGUAUCGAUCUGGAGUGAGCACUGACUACAGUGCCACGACUUAUAUUACAGUGCCACGACUUAUUAUGAUGUCACAAAGGACUUCUGCGUCCAGCACAAAGCAGAAAGCUGCCCUCUAUGUACCUCGAUCUAGUCGCCGGAGGAAAAUUGCUUUCGAAGUUGAAGUAGAAUACGCGGAAAAUGAUGAUGCGGCGGUUCUACAAGUUUACCAGGGUGAUGACCUAAAGAAAAUAGCUCAAGACUUUGGCAGGAGCCAUCACAUGUCAGCUCAGAAUAUCAAAGCCCUAGCGGUAUACCUCAGACAAAAAUCGACUGACCUACGAACAAAAGGUUGAACUUCCGCGGCGAUCAAUCUGCCACACUCGCAUCCUGCCGAUGGCUGGCACACCACGUUCCAUCGGGAGCGUACUGCUUCGUGCUGGUUAAACAUCUCCUACGCGUGGUGAGAGUGAGUUCAGAGUAGCUGAGAGUAUAUAUAUAUAUAUAUAUAUAUAUAUUGAGUGACCGAUGUGGCUCUGCUGUUCCUCUUGGUGUAUUGUCUAGACAUUUGACUAUUCCAAUACAUGAGCAGGGGAAAGUGUCCGUUGAUGAGCAAGCUCAGAGUUGACACCUGCGCCCAUGAUGUUGUACAACUGAGGUUCAGUAUAGAAGCUACGCCGCCACAGUCAGAUUCCUAGUCGAGCUUAAUUGGAAUUGUUGCGCGUUUCACAAAGCCACGACUAUGUGCUCAGUUACACUCCUCCGGGACCCUAGCAAGGUGCUAUCCGAAUUCGAUUGUCAACCCAAAAUGGGCUGACCACAUACAUUGACUUGCAGUGUAAGAGCUGGUAUGUCCAGCUGCGAAAACUAUAGAACAAUGGUUCCGGUAGCAACUCCGUGGUGCGGUAGAGAGUCUUCUAUGUGAAUUUUCAUACUCGCCAUCACUGGCAAGCCGGACGAAAGCCAGUUUAUAGGUCGCCUCUGCUAAAGCUUGCAAUUGUACUGCUUAGAAUAAUAUACCGCAGCCAGGUUGUGUAUUAUAUCCUCGACUGUAAUGCGGAGGUUCAUCGACUUUAAUUCUCUCUGUCACUCAUAUCAGUGAAAGCGGUUGAGGUUGCCCUGCGUUGAGCAUGCUCCUCAGUAUGUGAUGAAGUCAGCCCUCCUGAGCUUUAUUGUUGGAAGUCGUUUCGUAUACACCAGCAACCACCUCUAAUUUGAAGGCACCGCCAGUUGUGUCAGCACAUAGCACAUGGCAAAGCGUCAGGUACCUUGAUCAUCAUAUGUAAAAGGGACACAAAAUCUCUAGAAGACUGGGAUUACAAAACCUUGUGCUUGACGAUUCAAUUAUUCACAAGAUGCCAAUAGAAACGGAAGAUCAAUGCAAACGUUUUCCACCUCGAUGGUAGUCGACAGUACUUUAUGACAGCUAGCUCGUUGCAAGCAAAUUUAGGAACUGGGCUUUUAAAACUCGUAAAUGCAAAACUCCUAUAUCGAGAAUGGCGAACAGUCCCUUGAAAACCGGUAUUAUGAACUAAUAAUCUGUCGAGACAUAUAGUGCAAGAUGCACGGGGCUGUAGGUAAUUUUAUUUAUUCGACAUCAACACUGACUGUUUAGCGCAAUUAAAUAUCACAUCCGCAGCCUCUACCGUGCGCAGGUAUCAAAGUGCAUUAAUAUUCCAUGCAUUCCGCUUUGAGAAAACUUGCAAUGUACAAUAACUCAUCCAGAAUUACCUGAAUAUACAUCUGUACCAGCACACAACUAACAUCCCAACACCUAAGUUCCACUUUCAAUAAUGCAAAUAACUUGGUAAAUAUUACUGCGUCAGAACUAAACUAAGUUUGGAUCAACAUGUAUUUCUAACAAACACGUACCAAAUGACAAUAUAUCGACCAUGGUUAUACCCAACAAACAAUACGGGUACCCCCUAAGCUUGAGUGUCAUGAAAUAUGAUCGACGAUCACAUGCACACACAGAAAGUACAGCAAAUGGUUAGUACAAAGUAGGAGAACAAGACCAUUACAAUCACGUCCUCUACCACUCUUCACUGCGCAAAGCUUCACAGUCCAAGUGAACGCAAUUCAAUCACUAUUCGAAUGUUUACACUACGAGAAGUUAAGCAUUGUGAAAC